GUCAAACGUGCAAAAGCAACGAAACGUCAAACUGCUGUGCCCACGAAGAGCAAAAGGUAGCAACAAACAACCAGUCAUUCGAAAAUUUAGGCUGGAAAAUCGCUUUUUCUGGCCUUUUGUCUAGGCAGAUUCGUUGCACGAUUGGUGAAAUUAACAGUAAAAGUGGCAUUUUCGAGCGACUCGGAAGAAAAACAGCGCAGACAAAAUGGCGAUGUCCAAAACGACCAACACGUACAAUCGUCAAAACUGGGAAGACUCGGAGUUUCCAAUUCUAUGCCAGACAUGCCUAGGCGAUAAUCCGUACGUACGAAUGAUUAAAGAACGCUACGGAAAGGAAUGCAAAAUUUGUACCCGACCGUUUACAAUCUUCCGCUGGUGUCCCGGGGCACGGAUGCGCUUCAAGAAAACUGAAAUUUGUCAAACAUGCAGUAAGCUGAAAAACGUUUGUCAAACUUGUCUGCUAGAUCUGGAGUACGGUCUACCCACGCAGGUUCGUGACGCUGCCCUGAAGAUACAGGAUCGCAUUCCGGAGAGUGACGUGAAUAAGGAGUAUUACAUUCAAACGAUCGAAGGUCAAUUGAAGGCUGGAGGAGAUGAAACCGUGGCGGCUGGAACGGUUGGAAAGUCGCUUGCAGCCAGUGACAUGUUGGCUAAGCUAGCUCGAACGGCUCCGUAUUAUAAACGAAAUUUGCCCCACAUAUGUUCGUUCUGGGUCAAAGGAGAAUGUAAACGAGGUGAAGAGUGCCCUUACCGGCAUGACAAACCUGUUGAACCGGACGAUCCACUGUCGGAGCAGAAUAUUCGAGACCGUUACUACGGUCGCAAUGAUCCGGUGGCAGAUAAGUUGAUGAAACGAGCUGCUUCUAUUCCAAAGCUGGAACCACCAGAGGAUAAAACUAUUACCACCUUAUAUGUGGGUAAUCUGGGUGAACAUCUGACUGAAGUAGACAUUCGAGAUAAUUUCUACCACUACGGAGAGAUUCGGUCCGUUUCGCUCGUACCCAGACAGCAGUGCGCUUUCGUGCAGUAUACCAAACGUGGAGCCGCGGAACUUGCAGCAGAGAAAACUUUCAACAAGCUGAUUCUCGGUGGUAAAAAACUCACCAUCAAGUGGGCUCAUUCACAGGCCAAAUCGACUGCCUACGCGCAAAGUUCCGUUCCACGGGGUAAUCGCAUCUUCGAUCCCGUACCGGGACUUCCCGGCCACCUACCGAUGCCACCGAACCCGAACGACUAUUUCAAUCUGCAAGCAUCGGAAAUGGCCGUACUGCCACCCGGUAUGAAGAUUCACCAGCUGCCACCGGGUUUGAUUCCGGGUGCACCGACCGCAGGCUACUCUCAGAUGUACUCGCAGCAACCGUCGGGAUCGGGAACCGGCGGAACAGCCGGGCACGUUAUGAUCCCACCCGGUAUGCCUAAUCCGGGAAUGCAAUCGAUGCACUAUCCCAGCCAGGAUCCGGCUCGGUUAGGGGCGCUGAAGAAGUAAUCCCAACGUAGGGGAUGCUUGCGGGCAUUUAUUUGGUAUGCUUCUAGGAUAAUUGACGAAUAAAGGAAUGAUGCAUUACCAACAUGGGUACUUGA